CAUGUUGUAUAAAGUCAUUGUUUAAGAGAGUAAUAUGUAAAGAGUUGUAAGAUGGUGAAUAUGUUCUAAUGAUUAAAUGAAGACCUAAACAGCUGUCAUUAAGUAAUAAAGAAAUUUAGAACGUCGUUGAAAAAAUAUGGAUUUAACUGUUAUUCUGGUGGUGAUAGCAAUAUUUUGCAUAACAUUGUACUAUAUAAGAACCCCGGGCAAUUUACCGCCCGGACAUUUUAAAUUUCCAAUCUUUGGUUCAAUAUUUUUACUGCACAAACUUUCAAAAAGAAGGAAUCACUUAGUGUUUGCUGAUGAGGCGAGAAAGUAUGGAAGCGUUUUCCGUUGGUAUUUAGGGAAUCAAAUGUUUGUUGUUCUUAGUGGAAUGGACGUCAUUAACGAAGCUCUUGUGAAGAAAGCAGAAGUAUUCAGCAACAGACCUGAAAACAAAGGGGAAGUUACAGGUGCAACAAAAGGCAUUGCGUGGAGUAACUAUGGACAAUAUUGGCGAGCAUUGCGAAAGUUCACGAGCCGAGCGCUUCGUGAUUUUGGUGUCGGCAAAACAUCUAUAGAAGAAAAGAUAAGUUUUGAAAUUCAGUUCGUCAUUGAUACACUUCAAUCUGCCGAUGGUCAACCCGUAUCCAUAAGUGACCUGAUACGAAAAUUAGUUGCUAACGUCAAUUAUGAAAUUAUUUUUGGCAAAAGGUUCGACUACGAUGACCGGGAACUAGAUCGAAUGACCGAGCUUUCUGAAGUUCUCAAUAAUGCUUCGCCAAUUAGUGCUGCUAUAUUUUUGCCAGAGUUCCUUGCUAAGUUGGUCAAGAAAACGGAUUCCGAGAUCGAGAAAAAGAGGAAAGCAGUCUUGAAUGAUAUCGCAAAAUAUAUUGGUGAACAAAUUGAAGAGCACAGAAACACAUUUGAUCCUGCUAAUUUACGAGACUUUCUUGAUCUAUAUUUAGACGUUGACAGGAACAAGACAGAUGAGGAAGAUUCAUUUAUAAACAGGGACAGCAUGUUUUGGAUCAUAGUUGAUUUAUUCGUCGCGGGUACUGAGACAACUAAAACAGCUCUUUCUUGGGCGUUUCUGUACUUGGUUGAAUUCCCGGGCGUUCAAGAAAAAUGUCAGAAGGAAAUUGAAACGAAAAUCAACGAUAAAGCUAUUCAGUACAGUGACCGAGAUCGUCUGGUUUAUGUAAGCGCUUUCAUAAUGGAAGUUCACAGACAUUGCUGUAUGGUUCCUUUAAACAUUCCACAUUGCGCAAGUGAAGAUUCAACACUAUCUGGCUUUCAUAUACCUAAAGGUACUGUCAUACUUCCGAUGCAAUACUCAGUAAGCAUGGACCCUAACCUCUUCAAAGAUCCAGAGACGUUUGAUCCCGAAAGGUUCAUUGAUGAGGAAGGACAAUUGAUAAACAACUUACCAUUUGUUCCAUUUUCCAUUGGACCACGAGUUUGUAUGGGUGAGGCAUUGGCAAGAACUGAGAUGUUCCUUGUAAUUACAACAUUGCUUCAGAACUUCAAAUUUCUCCGAGAAGAUCCUAAUAUUCCUCAAAGUUUCGAAUCGGAUGCCAAUUGCAGUCAACUGAAUUGUCCACUACCAGUCAAGCUUAGGGCUAUUAAGAGAAAACAGACUGAAUAAUAUUCACUGACAAACAUUUAAGUAAUUGUGUGAAUCAAACGCAUCAGAAUAACUUAUAUCUCUUUGUUUGUUUGUGUCGUAACAAAUAACAAUAUAUCAUGUAGAAGUAUA